AUGUGGAGAGACCUGCAGCCUAAGUCGGGCCGGGGCGUGGCCUCCGAGAGGCGCCUGGUGCACAGUGUGGGUGUGGGUGUGGGGGACGGGGUGUCCUGUGUGGGUGACGGGGUGUCCUGUGUGGGUGACGGGGUGUCCUGUGUGGGGGAUGGGGUGUCCUGUGUGGGGGAUGGGGUGUCCUGUGUGGGUGACGGGGUGUCCUGUGUGGGGGAUGGGGUGUCCUGUGUGGGGGAUGGGGUGUCCUGUGUGGGUGACGGGGUGUCCUGUGUGGGGGACGGGGUGUCCUGUGUGGGGGAUGGGGUGUCCUGUGUGGGUGACGGGGUGUCCUGUGUGGGGGAUGGGGUGUCCUGUGUGGGGGAUGGGGUGUCCUGUGUGGGGGAUGGGGUGUCCUGUGUGGGUGACGGGGUGUCCUGUGUGGGUGAUGGGGUGUCCUGUGUGGGGGAUGGGGUGUCCUGUGUGGGUGACGGGGUGUCCUGUGUGGGGGAUGGGGUGUCCUGUGUGGGUGACGGGGUGUCCUGUGUGGGGGAUGGGGUGUCCUGUGUGGGGGAUGGGAUGUCCUGUGUGGGGGAUGGGGUGUCCUGUGUGGGGGAUGGGGUGUCCUGUGUGGGGGAUGGGGUGUCCUGUGUGGGGGAUGGGGUGUCCUGUGUGGGUGACGGGGUGUCCUGUGUGGGGGAUGGGGUGUCCUGUGUGGGUGACGGGGUGUCCUGUGUGGGGGAUGGGGUGUCCUGUGUGGGGGAUGGGAUGUCCUGUGUGGGGGAUGGGGUGUCCUGUGUGGGGGACGGGGUGUCCUGUGUGGGUGACGGGGUGUCCUGUGUGGGGGAUGGGGUGUCCUGUGUGGGUGACGGGGUGUCCUGUGUGGGGGAUGGGGUGUCCUGUGUGGGGGAUGGGAUGUCCUGUGUGGGGGAUGGGGUGUCCUGUGUGGGGGAUGGGGUGUCCUGUGUGGGUGACGGGGUGUCCUGUGUGGGGGAUGGGGUGUCCUGUGUGGGGGAUGGGGUGUCCUGUGUGGGGGAUGGGAUGUCCUGUGUGGGGGAUGGGGUGUCCUGUGUGGGUGACGGGGUGUCCUGUGUGGGGGAUGGGGUGUCCUGUGUGGGGGAUGGGGUGUCCUGUGUGGGUGACGGGGUGUCCUGUGUGGGGGAUGGGGUGUCCUGUGUGGGGGAUGGGAUGUCCUGUAUGGGGGAUGGGGUGUCCUGUGUGGGUGACGGGGUGUCCUGUGUGGGGGAUGGGGUGUCCUGUGUGGGGGAUGGGGUGUCCUGUGUGGGUGACGGGGUGUCCUGUGUGGGUGUCCUGUGUGGGUGA